CGAGCGGAGGGCCUGGGUCCAAGUCCACUGCCCUAUGGUCCCCAGAGUCACCUCCCUUUUCUAUCCCAGCACCCCAGGCUUUUCCGGGGUUCACGGACAGCAAAAACUGAUCUCAUAAAACAUCUAGGACAAAAAGGAAAGUCCUGCAGACAGACCCUGUUUGGAUCAAGUGAGCCAGUUCUCUGAACCUGAACAAUGACUGCUGAAUCAAGGAAUGCUACAGAUCUGUCUCCCCGCGCUACCCAGGAGACGGAAGGCACAGUGAUAGUGAAGGCGGAGGAGAAAGAGGAAGAAGAUGAGGGAGACCGUUUUCAAACAGAAAGAAAUAGCCUAGAGUUAUCACCCCAAUUUCUCAGUCGUUCCACAACUAUGAAUGAGAGAGCCUUAUCAUCAUAUUUAGUGGCGUAUCGAGUGGCAAAAGAGAAACUGGCUCACACAGCUGCUGAAAAGAUUAUUCUCCCAGCAUGUAUGGAUAUGGUACGUACCAUCUUUGAUGAUAAAUCAGCUGAUCAAUUAAGAACUAUACCUCUUAGUGAUAAUACAAUAUCUCGUCGAAUCUGUACUAUUGCAAAACAUUUAGAAGCAAUGCUUAUGACACGGCUACAGUCUGGUAUAGAUUUUGCAAUCCAACUUGAUGAGAGCACUGAUAUUGCAAGCUGUCCCACACUCUUGGUAUAUGUCAGGUAUGUGUGGCAAGAUGAUUUUAUAGAGGAUCUGUUGUGCUGUUUAAAUUUAAAUUCACAUGUAACCGGAUUAGAUUUAUUCACUGAAUUAGAAAAGUGCAUCGUUGGUCAAUAUAAAUUAAGCUGGAAAAAUUGUAAAGGAAUUUCAAGUGAUGGAGCAGCAAAUAUGACUGGGAAACAUAGCGGAGUUAUUGAAAAAUUGUUAGAAGCCACCCAUAACAACUCUCUUUGGAAUCAUUGUUUUAUUCACCGAGAAGCUUUGGUAUCCAAAGAAAUUCCGCCGAGCCUAAUGGAUGUAUUGAAACAUGCAGUGAAAAUUGUUAAUUUUAUUAAAGGAAGCUCAUCGAAUAGCCGACUUCUUGAAAUACUGUGUUCAGAGAUUGGAGUGAACCAUACCCACUUAUUGUUUCAUACAGAAGUUCGUUGGUUGUCUCAAGGAAAAGUAUUGAGCAGAGUAUACAAACUCAGGAAUGAGAUUUACAUUUUUCUCAUUGAAAAGCAAUCUCAUUUGGCAAAUAUUUUUGAAGAUGACAUUUGGGUAACAAAAUUGGCAUAUUUAAGUGACAUUUUUGGCAUUUUAAAUGAAUUAAAUUUGAAGCUACAAGGGAAAAGCAACGAUAUGUUUCAAUAUCUUGAACACGUUCAAGGAUUCCAGGAAGCAUUAUUGCUGUGGCAGGUAAGACUUAAAAGUAAUCGCCCCAGCUACUACAUGUUCCCAACGCUGUUGCAACACAUUGAAGAGAACGUUAUUCAUGAAAACUGCUUAAGAGAAAUAAAAUUAGAGAUAUUAGUACAUCUCACUGCUUUGUCUCAAACCUUCAAUCGUUACUUUCCAGGAGAGAAAUUUGCAUUGUUAAAGAAAGCUGUUUGGAUGAAAGAUCCAUUUGCUUAUCCAACCCCAGAAUCAAUAAUUGAGUUACACUUGGUGCCUGAAGAAGAGAAGGAAUUACUGCAGCUCAGUUCGUCAUUCACACUGAGGAAUUAUUAUAGGGCAUUAAGUUUAUCAGCAUUUUGGAUUAAGAUUAAAGAUGAAUUUCCACUGCUAAGUAGAAAGAGUAUAUUGCUAUUAUUACCAUUCACAUCUACCUAUUUGUGUGAACUAGGAUUUUCAAUCUUGACACGAUUAAAAACAAAGAAAAGAAAUCGGCUCAACAGUGCACCUGACAUGCGUGUUGCCUUAUCUUCAUGUGUGCCUGACUGGAACGAGCUCAUGAACAGGCAAGCACACCCAUCACAUUAAGUACAAUCGUUAUGAAAUUUUGUUUUUGUACGUUCUUAGGUACUUUUUGUAUAUUGUAUUUAAAUAUUAAUAAAAUUAUGGUUGGGAUUUACCAGGUUUCAUUUUCUUAUAUAGUAAGUAUUGUUUCGUGAAACUUGUUUGUUACAUGAAUAUGUGUGUAUGUGUAUACAGAGUAAUGAUGUAAAAUAUAUUUCUAUGAAUUGCUGUCAAUUUGGAAGAAUAGUGCUCUUAACAUUCUUAGUUUUAUACUCAAAUCUGUCGCCUUGUCCACUGCUGCUGCCUUGCUUCUUUCAGGCAGAGCCCCAUUCAGGUUCAGUUCUCACCAUUUAUGUGCCUAUGUGCUCUUCCUUGUCUGUUUUGUUUUGUUUUGUUUUUGUUUGUUUUUUGCCACACCACGCGGCUUGGGGGAUCUUAGUUCCCCGACCAGGGAUCGAACCCAGGCCCCCUGCAGUGGAAGCACGGAGUCCUAACCAUGGGACCACCAGGGAACUUCUGUCUGUUCUAAUUCCAGGAAGUGAAUCUUCAUGCUGAUCAUGGUCUAACACCAUCCUCGUCCCUGGGUUUAUUUAUGCAUGGGCACAUGUUAUAAUUCUAGCUAAGGGUAUAUGUAGGGCAGUCUAUCAGGAUAUCUUUGUGAAGGCUUCCCUUGCUCUCAAGAAAGGACACGAGAGAAGAUAGUGAUGAUAGUGCCGUAGUUUUUGUAUCUCCCCAAAUCCCUCCUAAAAAACACACAGAGCACCAUAUGAUCCUGCAAUCCCACUCCUGGGCAUAUAUCUGGAGAAAACUCUAAUUCAAAAAUAUAC